UAGCUAUUCCUUAAUGACUCUAGUCAGCUUAAAAUCAGCGGCUUCUGAGUGUAUCUGUGUGCUCGUAUACACCACCCCACCCAUUUCUCCAAUCCCUCCCCUUUCAAAAACAGGAACUGCCCAAUCAGGAUGCUACAGUGCUAGAGUGCAGAUCAAAUUGAGAACCUCUUUGCUUUUCCUCCCUUCACAGAAACUACUGUCCUUGGUUGGAAUCGAAGCUGCUGAUGCAGCCAGUCCUGUGAGCCUGCCUAUGUGGAUACAACGUCUCCUUUAAAAAAAAAAAAGGACAUACUGUUUUUGCGCACUACUAUGGGACUUUGAGAUGCUGUUUGCUUUCCGUGGCACGCCUGUGUCUUAGUCCCAGCUAUAUCAUGUCUUCCAAAAAGGCAGAAGAAUCUGAGAAUGUCUUUGAUUUAAACGAGGCAAUUCCAGAGACGGAGCUCCUGGACAGCAGCCUGCAGAAAGCUCGUGCCCAGCUCUCCAUCAAAGCCAAGAGGCACCGGCCCUCCCGCUCCAGACUGCGGGACAGCUUCAGCUCCACGGAAGGAGACGAGAGCUUGGACAGGAAGUCAUCGGAUAGCUAUGGCAGCCCCCUGCACAGUAUGCGCUCCCCACUUCACACUGUCCUGCGGGGGUCCUCCCCCUCUCCAGACUCCCUCCUCUCCUCCUCUUCUCCUCUCCUGAGGGGCACCGCCUUCUCCUUCGACACCUCUGUGGUGCGACGGACCCUGGAGAUGGGAGAGACCCCCCCCUCGGCCCCUCGCGCUCGCUACCAGCCCCUCACCAACGCCUCGUCCCAGGAGGCUUUGGGCUCCACGCCCACCAGCUCCCCCUCCAAGUCCUGCCCCAGCUCAGAUAGCUCGCCAAUCUACGUGCGCAGGGAGCGGCGCACCGAGAGCGAAGAUGACAGCAGGGACACAAGCCCAGCAGACCCUGGGAGCCCCACUGUGGUACUGGACAAGAAGACCAGGCGGAGAUUCCUGGAUCUUGGAGUCACGCUGCGCAGGUCCUAUGGGAAGGGCAGGAAGGAGAAGACCUCCAACAGGCUCUCUGUGGGAAACCGGGAGCCCUCAGAAAGUCCUUCCAGGCCCUCAGGGUCACCGUUCGUGCCUUUCUCCUGGUUCACUGACAGCACAAAGGGCUCUGCAUCAUCCAGCAGCACCCCCUCCUGCUCCCCAAAGAACAUCUCUGAGGGAUGCAGCCCCCGCAAGUCCAACUCCCAGGAAUCCACCCUAAGCGACGAUUUCUGCCCCAGGAGUCCCCGAGCUUCCAGCGGCUCAGCGGCUGAGUCGAAAUCCUCACACCCCUACCAGACUCUUUCCCAGUCCUCUGACGAGCUCCUUGAUGAGCCUGUUUGCUUGGUGUCCACUUGGACCCCCCAGCAGGUGUGUCAGUGGCUGAAAGGGUUAAACAUGGAGCAGUACAUCCCAGAAUUCACUGCCAGGGACAUCGAUGGGGAACAGCUACUGCAGCUGGACGGGAGCAAGCUGAAGGGCCUGGGGGUGACCAGCUCUACAGACCGCUCCCUCCUGAAGAGGUGGCUCAAGGACAUGCAGACAGCAGCAGAGAAGGAACGCAAGUCUCUGGACAAGCUGGAGCGACAGAAAGAGAAGCAGCGCAGGAGGGACCAAGGGCAGAGGAGGAGCUAGGCUGAGCCAGCAGCCCCAGGACCCAGGACCCAGGACAUGGCGAUCAGGUGCCUGGCAAUCAGGCAGCCAGGCAGCGGGGGCUCCUCCCGGUGUAACCUGGCACGACGGAGCAUGAAUCAGCAUGGUGGGGGGCUCCAAAGGGUCCAGGGGGCGCAGGGACAAAACCCAGUGAGACUUUUCUAGUGUAGGAGAGCAUGUCUAUGGCAGUUGUGUAUCAGUACGGUUGACAUACAAACCAAGUAAAUUUACUAGUAUCCCAUGCAUGGAUAAAUUUGGCUACUCGAAUCACCAAUGAAAUGAGUUUAGUAUACAGUAUGUUUAAAUUAAUACAACCGUAACUGUAAAACGGGUGGCCAAGGUUGGGCCUUCCGCUCCUGGUCUUUUUUUUAACUAUGUUCUAAAUUGUUUAAUUGAAUCAAUUAAACCUCCAUCCAGACCCUGAAGAUUUUAAUCACUUUACCUGUUAAACCUGGAUUGGAAUGGCCCUCCAGGAUCGUGACUGGACACCCCUGCUGUAAAAAAAACUAGUAAAUUGAGGGAAUAUUACUUGUCGUUGAAAGGUUUAUCUUCAUUUAAGGCGUUAGGGUUAUUUCUGGUUCUUCCACACGGAAGAAAGGGUAUAACUAAUUAUAAUAGACAAAUGGUUUGGUGAAUGCUUUCAUCGCAGCUAUGAAGAUACUACGUAGAGAAACUUUUCAGCUAAUGCCUUCAUCAUGCUGAAUUUACACAAAAUAUUGAGUUUUCUGAUCUGACCGACAUUGCGUAUGGAUGGAUUGUGUUCCAUUACCAUAGACAGGCUCUCCCUAGACUCCAUGUUAGGAAAGCAGAGCGCUCAACCUGUAAGGUAUGACUGACAGAAGCAAUUGAUGGUGUGCUUAUGGUGAGUUUAAACAAUUGCCAGGCAUUGGCCCCACUGCAAAGUGGAUAUGAGGAAAAGUUUACAUACACGUCCAAUAAUUGCCCAUUCAAUCAAUUUGUGGGGUAUCCCCCCACCCAACUACCCAAAUCAAACAAGACUGUCAUAUUCCUGACAGUUUGAGGACUCUGCUUCCCUGCAAUGUAGUCUAGGAUAAAGGGGUGGGUAUAUGUUCUGAUUUGCUGGGUCACCUGUUUUGUGAUCAGUUGUUUUAUUAAGAAACAUUUAUACAAACAGUAGGAAAUAGCAUACUGUACAUCCAUACUGCAGGAACCUCAGCACUGGAACAGGGGAAGAAUGAAACGUGCAUCACAGGAGCUGCUUUCAUAGUCAGAAGUUGUGUAAAAGUUGCUCCAUCAGCGCUAGACUGACGUAUCUCAAAGUGUCAUUUUACAACUUCCUGCUGGGAACUGCUGCAUCAUUUUUGCUCCAGGUUAGCUUGUUCUGUAUCAGUUAUUUAAAUAUUUUGAUGGUUCAAUGAAGUCCAAGUUGACUGUUUUGUAAAAUGUGGUAGUCUUUCUCAGCAACACAAUGUUUAAUAAAACAGAAGAUGAAUUUAACUGAGGUAAUGCAAGGAGCAAGGCCAUUCUUCAAGACCCUACAAGCAUUGCUCAUGAUGAGUCUUAGGCAUUCCUGGACAGAGAGGUGUCCAUUGAAAGUGGGACUAACCCAGUAACACGGUCCAAAUCUGAAAUCCUUUGAGGGUCACUGAAUCUUCCACCCUUGGACUGCUUUCCCUCAGGACUCAUUUCUGGUCCCAGGACUCCUCGCAAAGAGAGGUGCUGAAUGAAUGUCCCUCUAGACAUCCUGUGAAAUGCCCUCGUCGGUAUGGGCAGAUUGACACUGGCCAACAGAACGGUGCUCAAUUCAAGUUCAAUGAGCUGGAUUUAAAUCCAGGAGCAAGAUGUUUGUCAUCCGCUUUGCCACCAAUCCCCUAUACAAUGCCUCAAUAACAUUGAUCAAACUGUAUGCACAACAAAGAAACAGUAAAACAAACAUAUUAAUAAUGUUAAAAAGCAUUCACUAUUUGAAUGAUUGAAUAACUGUGACCCCUCCCACCCCUAAUCUCAUAAAUGUAACUUUUUUUACUUACUGCGAUUGCCUAAAGUGAUACACACACAAACACACGCACAAGACCUUGAGUUAAAUGUGCUGUGCAGAUUCCACCAGAUGGCGCUGGUUGCCUAGCACAAUCUGGUUUUAAAAGCAGAAAAGACUGAACUUUAUUCAUAGUUGUAAUGGUUGUAUUGUACAGUAGGUGUCAUCCAACAAUUUAGGAAAGUCAUUACAGGUACUUUUUUUUUUUUUACGUGUCUUAAUAUUUUCAAAAUAUGGACAUAUAGGCAAUUCCAAAUGAGGACCAUUUAUGUUGUAUGUAUGUAUGUAUGUAUGUAUGUAUGUAUGUAUGUAUGUAUGUUUUUAUUUAUUGAUCAUUUCUUUGCUACAAUGCUAUAAGUUUAAUAGGAGUAUUGGAUUGCAACCACAGGCCAUUACUUGUAAUAUAGGAAGCGAACCUAUAUUCGUGUGGUAGAAAAUGUUGGCGUAUAUUUUCUACAAUGGCAAAUUGCAGGGCAAUGAAAUUAAUGACAUAGGACAUUUUCCCCACUCUGGAUAAGAGAAUGUCUUUAUGCAAAUGAGACUAUAUUAAUCCAUGAUUAGUAUGACCCCAAGACAAUAAUAAACAUAAAUUAUUUUCACCAUAAAUUAUGACAAGAAAUAUACAGAAUAACAUGGUGCUUGCCCAUACUACUGCAUGCUGUUAUUUAAAAAUAUAUGAAUCUAGUGCGUCCACUAGUCUAAAGUUAUAUUGAAACAUUCCUUCAAAAAUAAACUCUAGUCUUCCUCAUAUGCUUAAUAGUUUUAAAUUACUACAUUUAUUUACAUUGCUUUGUUAGUUCACUAGACAGUAAUUACAAACCAUUGCUGUUUGAAGGAUGUCAUCCAAUGUGUUACAACGCGCACAGCCUUCCACAGGGCUGUGUAUCUUUACCUGUGACUCGGUUUAUGUUGUACUUGCUACAUAGUGGUACUAUCAAGUUAUUGACUCUGUGUGUAACCCCUAUGUGAUGCAUAAAAGUUCAUUUUGCAGCCAAGGCUACCGAAUUUGACCACAAAAUAAAAUAUUUAUGCCCUUCCCCCAUGUCUCGAUCAUACAGUGCCUCCUCUUUUCAAAAUCGUAAGCACAAACGAGACAACCUUUCUCACAUUGUAUUUCUGUAUAUGAGAUUUUUCUGCUUUCAUCGUAUGCAACUCAGAUGUACAAGAAAGUUUACUCUCCUAAUAAAAGUUUACCAAAAACUUAA